ACAACCGUUCGUUCCCAAUAUUGUGCGAAAAUUUGUCUCUAAAUUUUAUCUGAAUUUGCUUUCGUUUGGAUUUUUCAAAUUUACCAUUUGAAGAUGAGACGUUCUCAAGGCAGGCGUUCAUCCAACACUUUACCCAUACGUGCGUUGCCAGGAGUGGGAGUUAGACAAACAACCACUAAUCUCUCGACUAGUAUGGCUAGCGCUCAGAAAAGGAGCUCUUCUAUUCCCAGGCCAUCUUUUUCAUCUACAAUGAAAACAAAUUAUGCGCAGAGACAUGAGCAGAGUUUGGCAAUAGGCAUGACUCCAUCAAAAACUGGAAAUGUGUUGCGCCUUACUGGGGCCACACCUCAGAUGGGCGGUACCACUCCUCAAAGUCGUGGCAAUAUGUCAACAACUAUUAAUACUAAGCCAUAUCUUAAAGAAACAAGAAACCUCAGUGACAAGAAUUGUUUAUUGGAAAUGGGAAAGUCUAUAGCAGAAUUUCUAAAUGACAAUGGUUUCCCAGAAACUGUUAGUCACAAGGAAAUCCAAAAGAUAGACAAGCAAUCAUUCGUAAAAUACUUCAAUUUCAUAUACUUUUUCAUCGACGAAAAUUACCAAUUAGCCCCACGUUUCAAUGAAGAUGAUCUCAUCAAGAAUAUGAAGGAGCUUGGUUAUUGUGGAACAUUAGCAAAAUCUGCUCUAGUGUCUAUCGGUGCUCUACACUCGACAUCUCAAAUUGCAGGCCUUCUCAGCUGGCUAUGUGACUUUGUCCGAGCAAUCACUUUCGAAGAGGAAGACCAAUCCUUAGAAAACGUAGAAUUGAAAAUUAUGAUUAAUUCAUACAACGCUUGGUGUAACGACCUAAAUUUUGAUUUGACGGACGAAUUCCGUGCAUUUUACAGGGAGAAACAUCAGAUUGAAGAAGGACGUGCAGAACUGCUUGAACGUCAAAUAGCAGCGAUAAUUGAAGAAUACAGAGCCAUUGAGAAGAAAAGCUCUCAAAUCGAGGAACUAAAAGCUGAAGCGAAAAAAGAAGAAUGUAGGCUGGAAGAGAUCUCGGCAGUCGAGGUGCAACUGCAACAGCGCUGCCAAGAGCUACAAAACGAAGAGAGACAUCUUCUUCAACGACAUGAGGAGAUUAAGGAGAAAACCGCUGUUGGGCAAAAAGAGACUGCCGAACUCUUAAUAGCCGCAAAGAAUUGUAAAGUGAGCGCUGACGAGGCUCGUCGCAUUAAGGCUGCAAUUGCCGCCAAUUUAAGAGACCUCGCUGCUGUGACUGAGCAGCGCGAACAAGUAGCAAAACUCGUUGAGAAACGUGAGAUGCAGCUUGCCAAUAUUGCUGCCGAGGAUGUCAAAUUUGAUCGUGAACUAAAUGUUGAUCUGAUGGAUAUGGGAAUGACAAUCGCACCCGAUUCGGACCCUAAGGAAGCCCUUAAAAACUUUUUGGAAGGCAAGGUAAGUACCUUAUCUGACAUUGAGAGCCAAUGCAUUGCCAUGACAGAGAAAAAAGAGCGUACGUUAGCAGAAAUAUCUCAGUUAAAGAUGGAAUUGAAGCAUACAGAGCUGCUCAAGAGUCGAUUGGAGGAAAAGCUGCAAACGGUGAAAGCUGACCGCGAUGAAAUGGAACGACUUUACCUUUCCCAGCUGGCUGAGUUGGAGAAUUUGUCCGCUGCUCCACGUUCUGACCCACUUCAAAUGCGUCAGCAAUAUGAACUAGAAACGCUACGGCAAAAGUUUGCUGAGCAGAAAGUUCAAAUGAAUAAACAAGAGAAAGACCUGCAGGCGACUAUGGCUAAAUAUGCACAAGAGUUGAGAGAAGCUGAAGCUGAAUGUGAGAAAAUUGAAGCCACUACAGCCGAUUAUGUUGCCGUGUUGGGUGAUGGUUUCCGUCAGUUACUGGAGAUGGCCGAGCAAGGCCCCAUCACUCAGGAUAUCGUAAAUGCUUUAAUUCCUGACCCAAAUUACAACUGAAUACUUUUUCCUUUUGGAUU